UCCGGAAACUUCCAUGCACGGCGCAUGCCCCGUUACUUCCAGUGAGGCGAGGACCGGUGUUUGGUGUUGGGGGGGCACCCGGCAAAUCGGCACGCUUUUCAGCAAAGAUCUUCGUUUCAAAACGCUGUCAAGCGUCCAAACUGAUCGCGUCAGACAUAUUCAUCAUUGUAAAGACUAUCUAUCUGUAAUCGAGUGGAUACCAUCGAGUGUACAACCGAAACAGAAACACAUCUGAGUGAAUGGUACCAUGUGACCUGGCCCUGGAACACAAGAUGGGAACACUGAAAGCAGCAAAUGACCUACUCAUUUUGGGGCAGUUUGAAGAGGCAUUGGAUCUCUCCAAGAACGAACUGAAAGGCCUUCCAGAUGACAAGAGAGAUAGCAGGUUGGCAGAGUCUCUGUCAGUUGUAGCAGUCCAGGCCUUUGCCGAGCUGAAUCGCUGGCAGGAGGUCCUGCCUUUUGUACAGGACGUGUUCGGUGGACUGGAGAAGAUCCCCCCACAAGUGCUGCAGCUGUGCAUUGCUCUUCAUGCCAAAAUGCAAGACUUUGCCCCCAUCACCAUGGUGACGGAGGCGUGGCUGGCAGCCCCCGGUAACCAGGAAGCAGGGGGCCUGACCAGGGUGGCUGAGACCUACAUCCUACUGGUGCUGCUGCCACACAGCAAGUUUGAUGACAUCAGGGCCCUGGUGGAGGGUCAUCCAAUCAUCAUGGAGGACAAGAGAAAAGCCUUUCUCCAAUUGGUCGAGACUGAGGAUAGAUCUGUGGUGGAGAGAGAAGACCAGACCCGUUGUCAAGGUGCAGCAUCCGCAAACAAGGAACAAGGUGCCAGCUAUGGUGCAUGGGUAGCCAUGAUGUCAUGGGUCAAGUCCAGCGUGUCACACACAAGUCCAUCCAGACAUGUGACUACAGCAGUACUUCUGGCAGUGAUCGGGGUUGUCUUAGCUCUCACACUCAAGAAAAGAAAAGCAGCGACCACAGGCAGCAGACAGGACAUGCUGACUACCCUGGGUGGAAAACUGGCCUGGCUGUGGCAGCAACUGUUUGCACCAUAUCAUUUGGCAAAUAGCUAGUAAAGGCACUUGUACACAUACAUAUUUCAUAACAUAUCAGAACUAUUUGUUUGUUUGUUUGAUUGAAAACACAAGUCUUUUUGCAAGCCUGGUAAUGUUCCUAAUUCCAUAGUGCCACUUCAUUAAAUACAUUUUCUGACAUUGUCUGACUAAUGUUGUUUUUCAUUUCCUUAAUCUAAUUUGAAGGAAAAGAUACUUAAUUUCCUUGGCCUACUAUUAAAUUUCUAGUCAUGUUAUUUUAAUGCAGAAUGAACACUUUUCUACACCUGUAUCAAGCUGUUCUAUUCAAAGAUCUGUGUUGGCUGUUGCUAUAUGUAUCUGAAGUCAUCUCUCUUGAGUGCUUUGUAUUUUAUAUAAGGAUUGAGUCAUUCUGUCUUGUGUUUUUGCAACAUUGACAUGUACCAAUAGUGGUCUUGUCUAGUACUGGUAUUGCGCCUUACCUCGAAAAGAGUACUAAAUGUUGCUGAAACAGAUCCUUACAUCUGCUCGGAGAUCAAAUCAUCACACAAAGCAUAAAACCCACACUGGACAAUACAAGCUCCUCCAACGCCUACUUUAUUGAUAUAAAAUAGGUUUGUGGUCUCCCCAGCAAAGCAGACAUAACUACAAUAUCGGUACCUGCAUCCUAUCGCUCCUCCAUCUCUCCAUAGGUGUCCAGCUAAACUAGUCCAAAAAUAAUUUACAAUUUUUUCUUUUAAAUCUGUGCUCAAUAGUGCUCUGUAAACAAAAUAAGAGCUCUGAUACAGAAUUCACCAGGUACACUCCUUCCAACAUACAGUAGCUUCAAGAUUUUUUUUAAAGUUUUGUCCAUGGCACUUUAGUACACUCCUCCAAACAUGACAGUGACACCGUAGUGUCUUUGUGUACCGCUUUAGUACAGUAGAAUUUAACACCCCCUGCCAUUUUUUCCUGUGGCCAAGACUGGCAGCAGGGG